CUCUCGCAUGUCGUGCUCUUUCACCGUCGGUCUAUUCUGUCUCGGCGAAGGUGAACGUCGCACCGAUAGCGCUGGUACCGCUCUACAACUUCUAUAAGACGACAUUCCCUUACUCCCCUGGCCUCUCCGUGAGUGCCAACAUACGCCACUAUCCCGACAACGCCAAUCAAGCGCUCCUGCCAUUCGGGACGAUGGUCUUCCUUAUCGCGAAGGCUCAUUUUGCUCAGUCACCCGACAUCCUCCUUAAUGCUAUCUGUCUCUAUCCUUUCAUGGGUGAUCCGAGCGGCGACUCGUAUCUCGCUUUCAUGCCCGAAGCCUACAAAUGUCCAUUCUUCUUUGGUGAUGGACGUGUUUCCACUUCCUCUUUGAAUGAUCUCCCCGAUCCGACGUCAACGUUGAGGGUUUUCGACGUUUGCGUUACAGAGUUUGUUCGUCAUGCGCCUGUUAGUUCUACUGUUCAGUUCUCGUUCGAAAGCACUCACCCUCGUUGGGUGAACGCGCGUGCUCCGAACGCGAACACUUGCGUUGCGAUACUCGGUCAAGCUUGCGAUCUCUCGACUUGCGGAUUCAUUCAGUUCGCUAUGCAGUCCAUCGCCCUCAACACUGCUGCGCCUCAGUCCGUUGGUGGGACGCGCUCGCAGCCGGGCGCUCCAGGCGGUGGUACAGGCUCUUCUCCUUCGACGCCUUUCGUUUCUCCCAGCAAGCGCAAGCGGUUCACGCCUCAUCCUUCCUCCUCCACGCGUCAGCGAACCUCUGGCCUGUCGUAUAACACCGAGGAGGAGUUUCAGGCACAGGGUGAAGCUGUCUUCCCGGCCGUUGCUUCUGGUGUCUCUGCUAGCACCGCAGUCCCUCUGAACGGAUACCCGGCGCCCCACCUUUCUCCCCUCCCUGCUGCAACCUUUCAUCCUCAGACCCCUCGUCCAUUGCAUCCCUCCUGUCCCUCACGCUCCUUACUCGUGGUUGUGUUCAUACACGUUGUCGCACGCUCCUUUGGCCGAUUUGUUUUUGUCCCGUUAUUCAUUGUGUAUUUUGUGCGCAUCGAGUAUUCAAUACAUGACCGUUCAAUACACACGCGCUGCUAUUCAGUCUGUGCACGGGCCCUGUAA